UAUUUGCCCUUCAAGAGGUGCUUAAGACAGCAGCCUCGGUUCAGCUAAAGACUUAAGAAAUGCAGUGAUUAAUUUACAAAAGGUCAGUUCACAAAAUGGCAGAGAGCGAGCAUGCCCAGACUCACACGGCAGAAGAGGGUGUGGUGGAGGAGGAGUUCUAUGAAGCUGUUGAGACAUGUGAAGAGCAGGACUGUGUGAAUGCAGACACUGAUGACAUCCCUCCACCAAAGGUAUCAGUGCUCUGUGUUCGUCCUGAUGUGGUUUCCUUGGCUGUGGAACCCCAUUCAUCUCCUCAGACAUUUGAACUGGUGAUUGAUUACUACGCUGAUGAGCAGAGGGGCUCUGUGGUGCAAACAGACUCCCCCUCUGUGGACAUCACAGGACUGUGUCCUGGGACAGAGUAUAUGUUCACUGUCACCAGGAGGAUCCAGAGCCCAAAGACAUGUGUGCGCGUGGUCACAGCAACCCUACCUCCUCCACUGUUAUCAGUGAGUGACAUCAGAACGGACUGUGUGACUCUGUCCUGGGAGCCUCCUGCAGGCAAACUGCAGAACUACUCUGUGACUUGUUGCAGUGGAGAAGAGGUGAUACAAGAACUCCAAACUGAAGAAACCAAUGUCACCAUCUGUGCCCUGAUGCCAGGACAGCAGUACCUCUUCUCUGUGUGUACACAGCUCCAGAAUGGGCACAAGAGUGAGCCUGCAGUGACCUCUGCUGAAACAAAACCUGACCCUCCAGCACAGUGCACAGUGAGUGACAUCAGAACAGACUGUGUAACUCUGUCCUGGGAGCCCCCUGUGGGUGAAGUGCAGAACUACACUGUGACCUGUUGCAGUGAAGAACAAGUGGUACAAGAACUCCAAACUAAAGAAAUCAGUGUGACCAUCGAUGCCCUGAUGCCAGGACAGCAGUACCUCUUCUCUGUGUGCGCACAACUUCAGAAUGGGCACAAGAGUGAGCCUGCAGUGAUAUCUGUGGAAACAAAAACACAUGUGGGGUCUAUACUUGAGGACUUGGGUCUGGAGAAGCAUUACAGUGAGAAGCUUUGCCUUAACAAGAUGCUGCAAAUUGAUGAGAAGACCAUGACUGAAAAUAAUGUGAUGUCAAACAAAGAUGUUGCUUGGUAUUUUCUCAAGAAACUGAUGACGGUAAAUGUAACAGCUCGGAGUGUAAAAUGCACACCAGUGAGUGAUACAAACUGUGAUGAAAGUUCAGAUAAUUCUAUCUUAGAUCUGCAAAAUUUAGUGACAAGCUUAACCUCAGUGUGUACCAUGAACCCUCUUGACAUAAUAACAGCUUUGUUUCUGUGCUCUGAUGGCUUUGUGCAGCAGGAGCUCUCACUCAAAAUGUCAAUGUGUCAGUUUGCUGUUCCUCUGCUGCUUCCAAACUGUGACUCAAACCAAUGCACACUGAUGCUCUGGGCCUUAAGAGACAUUGUGAAAAAGUACAGGCCUAAAUCCCUCUCUAAGUCUAAGGGCUUCAGAGAAGAACGCAUCGUUCACUCUGAAAUUCCAAUGAUCUCCUUUGUGAGACUUGGUGAGUGCUCUUUGUCCAAAUCUGAGAUUCUCAAUAAGCUCCUGAGUAAUUCUCAACAAUAUCAUGACACUUUUGUGCACCAUAACAUGCAGUGUGGUGACUGCCCAAGACUGAUCUCCAAUGGACUUGCUGAAAUUACAUGGUACCUUCCUUGUGGCAACAAGAACAUUGACAUUUUUGAUGAGCCAGUGGCAGUAGCUAACCUCCAUGGUGACAUUGCGUCUUUUGAAACACAGUUCUCCUUUUUGUGUGAGACAUCUUCAGCUGUUUUUGUGUUUUUUGACACUCUAAAUUGUGUAUGCAAGCAAUUGGUGUCAUUAAAAGGCAAGAAGGAUGUAUUUCUUGUAGGUAACCAUCAAGGUCACAAAAUCCGUAUGAAUGAUUUACAUGAAGUUGCAACAGAAUUAGGCUUGACCAACAGCAACAUCAUUUUGAAGACAAAACAAAUAAAUGAUGCUGACUUUGUUGCUAAACUACAGAAAACAAUGAGAGGGACAAUUGCAAACUCAAAAAUGAAGAUGCAGAUAGAGCAGAUGGCAAACGUAGCACAUGAAUUGGGAGUAUGUGUUGAUGAAGACAACCUAGAGUGUCAGAACGCAAAACAAAAUGCAGAUGCAAUCACUGCAGAAAUACAUGAUAUUCUGGAGUUCAAGGAAACCCAGUUGCCCAUGCAAGGUCAAAUCUGGAAAGAAGUCACUUCCUUGGAGAAGGAAGGAUGCAGGCUUCGAAAAGCUGGUUCUGAAAACAUAGAAGAGUACAAAUAUGAUCUGAAUGAACAAAUAAAAAAUCUCCGUAACAAACAGAACUUGCAUGGCAUGUCAGAAAGCAUGACCUGCUUCCUAAGUGGCAUAUCCAGCCCUGAAGAGAGGUGCUAUUUCCUGAAGUGGCUCAGAAUAAAUCUCGACAACAUUUCUCGUGAAAAGUUGUCAUGGCUCAGAGAGCUGUAUAAGGAGAAGUCAAAGGCAUCUAACAGCAAUGAAAUAAAAGACAUUGAUAAGCAACUCUCCAAUAGUUCACUGGGAACUGAACACUUCUUCCGUGAAAUGGGUCAAAUCUAUGAGUCGUCAGUGUCUCUUCCAGAAAAUGAACCUUCUCGCCAACAGUUACAGCAUCUCCCCAGACUCUGUGCACAGCUGCUGCUUGACGGCUUUCCUCUGGAGCUGGUGGAUGGAGAUGCCUCCAACAUUCCUCUCAGAUGGGUGAGUGAUGUUCUGGGCCAGCUCCAUGACCUGGUGUCUCCUAACAACAAGAUUUUGGUGGUCACAGUUCUAGGAGUUCAGAGCACAGGGAAGUCCACUCUCCUUAACACCAUGUUUGGAGUGCAGUUUGCUGUGAGCAGUGGCCGGUGCACUAGAGGAGCCUUUAUGUUACUCAUCAGAAUCAGUGAAGAUAUGAAAGCAAGUCUCAAGUGUGACUUCUUGGUGAUCAUUGACACUGAGGGCCUCAAGUCUCCAGAGCUCGCUCAACUGGACGAUAGCCACGAGCAUGACAACGAGUUAGCAACCCUUGUGGUUGGAUUGAGUGACAUCACCAUUAUAAACAUCGCUAUGGAAAAUUCUACAGAAAUGAAAGACAUCCUGCAGAUAGUUGUGCAUGCUUUUCUCCGAAUGAAAGAAGUGGGCAAAAAACCCAAAUGUCAGUUUGUCCAUCAAAAUGUGUCAGAUGUUUCAGCUCAUGACAAGAACCUGAGGGACCGAAAACUGCUCUUGCAGCAGUUAAAUGAGAUGACUCAGGCAGCAGCCAAAAUGGAGAAAAAAGAGGAGAACAAGAGCUUCACUGAUGUGAUGGACUACAAUCCUGACACUGGAAACUGGUAUAUUCCCGGAUUGUGGAACGGAAACCCCCCAAUGGCCCCAGUCAACGCAGGAUACAGUGAAGCUGUCUAUGAACUCAAGAAAAAUGUCAUGCACAUUUUGGAAAAAUGUGAAUCAUCUGUCAAUGAUGUCCUACAGUUCCGUGAGUGGAUCACAAGUCUGUGGAAUGCAGUGAAACAUGAAAACUUCAUCUUCAGUUUCAGAAACAGCCUUGUGGCUGAUGCGUACAUGAAACUAUGCACAGAAUACAACAAAUGGGAAUGGGAGUUUAGGAAAGCCAUGUACUCUUGGGUUACAAAUGCUGAGACACAAAUUAGUAAUAUUGGUAUCGUGGCUGAGAAAUCUGACACUGGUGAAGUCCUCGCUUGUCUCAAAAGCGAGGCUCAAACUGAAUUGUGUAAAUGGGAAACAACUCUCCUUCAUAACCUCACAGAUUAUUUCAAACAAACAGAAGGACAUGUUUAUCUUGUGGAAAGAUACAGGGAGGAAUUUUUUAAUAGUGCAAAAAUUCUUCGAAGAGAAAUAGAGAGCUCUGUCAUGAAUCAGCUCACAGCAACAGCAGAAAUCAAACAAGCAAUGGAGAAGGUGGACAAAAUAAAGGAAAACCACACAAAAGACUUAGAGGAAAGAGUGUGUGCAUUGAUUGACAAGUGUAGAGAGGAGAAUCGUACAAUGACAGAUCAAGAACUAGAUGAAGAAUUCAACAGGAUGUGGGAGACGACCGUGACAAAUCUUAAGAAAUCAGUUUCUUAUAUAAAAGGUAAAGAUGUAUUUGACCAAGUGGCUCAUGACCUGAGGACAAACGUGUCAAUUAAAGGAAGCCAUGCUAGUGAAUUAAUCAACCAAAAGAAACUACAGGACUGUGGUAAGGAAAAUUUUGUUGUCAAACAAAAACCUGAGAGCCUGUAUGGAAAAAUUUUGAAUAAAGUUUCCAAAUGGUUGAAUAGUAAAGAUGGCAUAAUGGCUGCACAACAAAUGGCCGACAGUACUAUUGCAGCUUGCCAGCAGUUUAUUUCAGAGAAACUGGAAAGAGAAACUGACUACCACGACACCUACAUCCAUGAGAUCCUUAGAAUUAUUGACGAGAAGUUGCAGUGUAAUCAACAUCUUACAAUUGACAUAGAGUUUGAGGUCUCUCUGAAACAGCACAUAUGUGGAGAUGCAGCCAGAAGGUUUCAGAAAAUGCAUGAUAAUUUCCUGCAUAAAAAUGAUCCGUACACAUGUCUCAAUAAAAACAAACAAAAGUUCUGUGCAGAUUUCAAGGAUGUUUUUAAUGAAAAAGACCAAUGCCAAAAAAAGGCAAGUGAAUUCACAGACCUUUGUCUGAGACCUGCAGUGGAAAAGUUUGUGAGUCGCUCUUUGGGUCCAGAUAUUGUUGGUGAAAUGCUCACAUGCCAUCAGUUCAGCACACGGACAGUUUUUCAGUAUUAUGUGUUACUGGAUUUAAUAAAAAAUGAACACUUUCAUAGAUAUCAAAACUACAUUUGCAAUUAUGAGGAGUUUAUUAAGGAGUGGAUAUUUAAGCAAAUCAUGGUGCACUUUACAGACCAGUGUAAAAUAUUAGAACUUGAAAAUAAACAUCUUCAUUCAUGCCUGGGAAACAUUACCAGUGCUAUAAAAAAGGCCACAAAAGUAAAAGGUAGUUUAAAGGAAUUUAUUGAUGAUUUUUGCAAAGAUCUAAUUGAUAAACUAGCCAUCUCCCAAGAUGCACUUGGUGCUUUUAUGAUCUUGAACAAUGCAGAGCAGGAACAGUUUGUUUACUGGCUCACAAAGUGUGUGAAUGAAAUGAUACAGUCUCUUCAGAACAAGUUUAACAACACAAAGUUUGAUACUAAACUCAACCGUCUCCAUUUAAAGCCUCAUCAUGAGCUGUCUGAAAGGAUGAUUGGAUGUGGCCAACAGUGCCCAUUCUGUAAAGCACCAUGUGAAGCUGGGGGCAAAGGUCACAAGGAACACUGGACCUCACUCCACCAGUCACAGGGUCUGGGAAGUUUUAGAUAUAUUGAUUCAAAAAAACUCGACAGUGACAUAUGCUCAACUCUUGUUCAAAGUGAGGCUGUGUUUCGCUGCUUUGCCACUAAUUCUGAAUACCAUCCUUACAAGAAAUACACUGAGAUUUUCCCUGACUGGAAAAUAUCCCCAGAUGUCAGUCUUGAGGCUUCAGAUUACUGGAAAUAUGUUAUGACAAAAUUCAAUAAAGAUUUUGCCCAAGCAUACGAUGCAAAACCUGCAGAUAUUCCAAAAUCAUGGAAAUGUAUUGGACAAAAGCAAGCUAUCGAGAGUCUUAAAACAUCAUUUUACAUUGACUGAGCUGCAUUUACAUCUUUCUGCAUGCCCAAACCAUGUAAAAUCUACCAUUCCAAUUGUAAUUUUAUAGUCCAUAUAUUUUGAAAGCAUUAGCAUUGUAGUUAUAUAAUUAUGAUUACCUCUAUAUAAUUGACAGCAACUAGCUUUUCUAUAUGUAUUGUGUAUUGUCAUUAGAUUUACAUAAAGCUAUUUCCAUUCGCCAUAAUCACCAAAUUUUAAUUAAAUAUAAAAAAAAUAAUGUUUCUUAGUAUUUUGUCAAUUUAGUUUUGUUUGACAGUACAAAUACUAUACUUGUCUGCUAUAUGUUCACUUUUACCUGAUUUUCGGCACAGUAAAAAAAAUAAGUUGUUUAUGUAAAUCUAAUUUACUUAAACCCUUAUUUAAAAAUCUGUCAAUCUCAAUUGGUGUUGCUUUGAAGGCCACCUCCAUGCUAUGACAAUUAGCAUUCAAGCUUUGAUCAUAAGGCUAUCAAAAACUGCCAAAACUAUUAUUCAAACUGUCUCUUUUUUACAAACACCCUCCAGUAACUGAUAAUUAUCCGGCAACCCACUUUUGGAUCCUGAUCCACCAGUUGAGAAUGCCUGCUAUAAAGCUCUUAACUUUCAAAAUUGUAUAUAAGGGCUUAAUUAUGCAGCUUAUGUUUACAUUUUGUUGCAUUCUUCAGCUGUUGUGGAUUUGUCUACUAGUCUAUUGUAAGUUUCUUUAAGGCUGUUGCAAGUUUCAGGGCUGAACUAUUCUGUAAGAAAAAUUAAAUAAAUGUAGGUAUUGUGAA